AUGAAUCCGGGCGGUGAACAAACAAUAAUGGAACAACCCGCUCAACAGCAACAGCAACAGCAACAGCAACAGCAGGCAGCAGUUCCCCAGCAGCCACUAGACCCACUAACACAAUCAACCGCGGAAACUUGGCUCUCCAUUGCUUCUUUGGCGGAAACGCUUGGUGAUGGCGACAGGGCUGCAAUGGCGUAUGACGCCACUUUACAAUUCAAUCCCUCCUCUGCGAAGGCUUUAACAUCUUUGGCUCAUUUGUACCGUUCCAGAGACAUGUUCCAAAGAGCUGCCGAAUUAUAUGAAAGGGCACUUUUGGUAAAUCCCGAACUAUCAGAUGUGUGGGCUACUUUGGGUCACUGUUAUCUGAUGCUGGAUGAUUUGCAAAGAGCUUACAAUGCCUACCAACAAGCUCUCUACCACCUCAGUAACCCAAACGUACCGAAAUUAUGGCAUGGUAUCGGCAUUCUUUAUGACAGAUAUGGUUCGCUAGACUAUGCCGAAGAAGCUUUUGCCAAAGUCUUGGAAUUAGACCCUCAUUUUGAAAAGGCAAACGAAAUUUACUUCAGACUAGGUAUCAUCUACAAACAUCAGGGUAAAUGGUCUCAAGCUUUAGAAUGCUUCAGAUACAUUCUCCCUCAACCUCCUGCUCCCUUACAGGAGUGGGACAUAUGGUUUCAGUUGGGUAGUGUUUUGGAAAGUAUGGGAGAAUGGCAAGGUGCGAAAGAGGCCUACGAGCAUGUUUUGGCUCAGAAUCAACAUCACGCUAAAGUAUUACAACAACUGGGUUGUCUUUACGGCAUGAGCAACGUACAAUUUUAUGAUCCUCAAAAGGCAUUAGAUUACCUCUUAAAAUCGUUAGAAGCGGAUCCCUCCGAUGCCACUACAUGGUACCAUCUCGGUAGAGUGCAUAUGAUUAGGACAGAUUACACUGCCGCAUACGAUGCUUUCCAACAAGCCGUCAAUAGAGAUUCGAGAAAUCCUAUCUUUUGGUGCUCAAUCGGUGUUUUAUACUACCAAAUCUCUCAAUACAGAGACGCUUUAGACGCUUACACAAGGGCUAUAAGGUUAAAUCCUUAUAUUAGUGAGGUUUGGUAUGAUCUAGGUACCCUUUACGAAACUUGUAACAAUCAAUUAUCUGACGCCCUUGACGCGUAUAAACAAGCUGCAAGAUUGGAUGUAAAUAAUGUUCACAUAAGAGAAAGAUUAGAAGCUUUAACGAAACAAUUAGAAAACCCGGGCAACAUAAACAAAUCGAAUGGUGCUCCGACAAAUGCCUCUCCUGCGCCACCUCCUGUGAUCUUACAACCUACCUUACAACCUAACGAUCAAGGUAAUCCUUUAAAUGCUAGAAUUCCAGCCCAAUCUGCCAACCCUACUGCUUCAAUGGUACAACAACAACAGCAGCAGCAUCCUGCUCAACAGACCCCAAUUAACUCUUCUGCAACAAUGUACAGUAAUGGAACUUCCCCUCAAUUACAAGCGCAGGCUCAAGCUCAGGCGCAAGCGCAAGCGCAGGCUCAAGCACAGGCACAGGCACAAGCCCAAGCACAAGCACAAGCACAAGCACAAGCCCAAGCCCAAGCCCAAGCCCAAGCGCAAGCCCAAGCGCAAGCACACGCACAAGCACAGGCCCAAGCGCAAGCGCAAGCACAAGCGCAAGCACAGGCACAACAACAUCACCAACAGCAACAACAACAACAACAACAACAACAACAACAUCACCAACAACAACAACAACAACAACAACAACAACAACAGCAACAGCAACAACAGCAACAACAACAACAACAGCAGCAGCAGCAACAACAACAACAGCAACAACAACAACAACAACAAUUGCAAGCACUACCAAGGCAACAGCAACAGCAAAAAGGAGUUUCUGUGCAAAUGUUAAAUCCUCAACAAGGACAGCCGUAUGUCACCCAACCAAGUGUCAUACAAGCUCACCAACUGCAACCAUUUUCUGCACAAACCAUGGAACAUCCGCAAGGCUCUCAGCUACCACCUCAACAGCAACAACUACAAUCUAUUCAACAUCCACAACAACUUCAAGGCCAGCCUCAAACCCAAGCUCCUCAGCCUUUAAUCCAGCAUAACCUGGAGCAGAACGCUCUUCCUCAGAAGAGAUAUAUGGAAGGUGCAAUUCACACUUUAGUGGAUGCCGCCGUAUCCAGUAGCGCUCAUCCAGAAAAUAACACAAAGUCUCCUCACCAAUCAGCUCCUCCAGUUCCAAAUCAAGCUCCUGCGGAAAUAACAACGAACACUGAACCGCAGCUGAAGAAGCAAAAACUGAGCUCUCCGAAUUCGAACAUCAACAAAUUAGUGAAUACUGUUACUGCCAUCGAGGAGAAUUCAACAUCUGAGAUAAACAAUCCACCAGCAGCAGUAGUGGAGCCUAAUACGAGUAAUACUUUACAAGAGGAAAAACCUGCAAAAGCAAAUUCUAUACCUCCAAUAAUUCACGCGCAACAAUCUCCACAGGAAGCUAUUACCACUGAAGAAGCUACCAAACCAGCUUCUGUGCCUCCUUCCACAAAAACACUCAAUGCGGAAUCAGAGCAAUCUGGCAUACAAUCGACUUUAUCACCGGAAAAUUCAAUAACAAAGGCAAAUGAUCAAAGUACUGCUGAGACCAUAGAACUCCCUACUACUACUGUCCCUGCAGAAGUAAGCCCGGUAGAAAACGACGUAAGGCAGUAUUCUAAAGAGGAGAACGGCACAACUGAAGCAUCAGCGUCUUCUACUGAAGAGAAGGAAACAGUGCCUACCGGAGAAGCUGAAAAACAACAAGAUGAACCUCCUGCUACAACGGUGACAGUAAUAAAACCUACUUUGGAAACAAUGGAAACAGUAAAAGAGGAAGCCAAAAUGCGCGAAGAAGAGCAAACUACUCAAGAAAAGUCCCCCCAGGAGAAUUCACUUCCAAGAGAGAAUGUGGUAAGGCAAGUGGAAGAAGAUGAGAAUUAUGACGACUAA